AUGGACGCGGAGCAGGAGCGGCUGGAGCCUGAUGAAGAACAAAAUGUGUCACUGCAGGCAGAACCAACACGCAUUGACUUUGACGAGGGUUACUACGUUGGUACCGUCGACGAGGAUGGCCACAUGUCUGGUUACGGCAAGGCUGUUUGGAUGAGCGGUGACACGUACGUGGGAACGUGGCUCGGUGACACCAUGAAUGGCCGUGGUGUAUACACCUGGGCGGACGGCGACUGCUACGAGGGUGAGUACAAGAAUGGUCUACAGAACGGCUUUGGCGUUUUGAAGGAUGCUACAGGCGUUUACACUGGAGAGUGGGUUGACGACAUGCGCCAGGGUCUUGGGAAGAUGGAGUACGCUUGCGGGAGCGUGUACGAAGGAGAGUGGGUUGCUAACAUGCGCCAUGGAGAGGGCAAGCUCACGGAGGAAAAUGGGAUUGUGUAUCACGGUGAAUUUGUGCGAAACGAGAAGGAGGGCAAGGGGGUCAUGACGAAUGCGGAAGGGGAUGUGUACGAGGGUGAAUUCGCUAAUGGAAAGCCCAAUGGUAAGGGCACGUAUAUUUGGGCGGAUGGCGCCAAAUACGUCGGCUCCUUUAAAGAUGGCCUUAAACAUGGGCAGGGCUGUGAGUGGAUGGCAAACGGCGAUUGGGUUGCUGGCGUUUUUGUGAAUGGUGAACACGAUCAGCAGCAGGCCGUACACAAAGCCGUCGUUACAGACGAGGACCCUUUCCUUGACAAAAUAGACCCUGCCGUUUUGACGGCUUUAGAUGCGCAAAAGUUGCUCAUGAUGUCGCAGGGCAAAUUCCCUAGCGAUGAUAAAAAAUCUUCCAAUAAUUUAACUGCCUUAGGCAGCGUCACCGACAUGGCAAACGGCACUUCACGAGGGAGCAAUAAUGGCAGUAGUAGUCUCCUAAUGGCAAAAAGUCUGACGCAGUCUGAGCACGGAGACACCAGUAGUCAUACCGCCAGUCCCGUGGGCACACCUUUGCAGCAGGGUCGUUUAAUGCUUACCGAUGCGGAUUUAGAAGGCUGGCGGCAAAUGAAAAUUAUCGGAAAAGGCAGUUAUGGGGCGGUCUAUGAAGCCCUUCUUGUGAGUGGGCGCACGGUGUGCUGCAAGGUGAUUGAGUUGGGCUCCCUCACUGACCGCGAGGAGAUGGAUAAGCUGCGAAAUGAAAUUUCCUUGAUGAAACGACUUCAUCAUCCAAAUAUUGUGCAGUAUUACGGUUGUCAGGAGGAUAGAAGUAAAAACACGCUGAACAUCUUCAUGGAACUUGUCAGCGGGGGGUCACUCAACACGUUUGUAAAGAAAUUUAAAACCAUACCCCUACCGACUGUGCGUCAGUGGGCGUAUCAAAUAGUCUGCGGGGUGAAGUACCUGCACGAUUGCGGCAUUGUGCACCGCGACAUUAAGGGUGACAACGUCCUGGUCUCGCUCGACGGGAUAAUUAAAGUAGCGGAUUUUGGGUGUAGCAAAGCCAUUGACGACGUGUGUAGUAAAACGCACGGCUGCCAGACGAUGGUGGGGACACCGUACUGGAUGGCCCCGGAGGUGAUCAAGUGCGAGGCUGGCGGGUAUGGCAUGAAGAGCGACAUCUGGUCGAUCGGCUGCACCGUAGUGGAAAUGAUCACAGGAAGACCCCCGUGGCCGGAGUGCAACUCCAUGUGGGCUGCGGUGUACAAAAUAGCGCACUCGACGGGCCUGCCCACGGAGAUCCCAAAAGACCUGGACCCAAGGCUUAUGAGCUUUCUUGAGCUGUGCUUCGAGCGUGAUCCGAAGAAGCGCCCAACGGCAGAGCAGCUAUUGCGACAUCCAUUUUUGGCGCUUUAG